AUGGCGCUCGGGUGGUUCAAGGUCGUGGAGGUGCAGGUGCAGAGCGCGCGGGCGUACCAGUGGAGGUGGGAGGAGAAGGCGGGGGUCGUGGUGUCCCUCCUCGACGACGCGCUCUUCCACGUCCUCUACGCCGCCGAGGCCGUCGUCCUCUCCGCCGCGCUCUGCGGCUUCUUCCUCUGCUGCGGCUGCAACAUCUGA